GAACGACAGCCACUGCAUUUCGUCGACUUGGCGGUGCGACGGUCAACGCGACUGCCCUGACGGUUCCGACGACGAUGGUGCCAUGUGCAACGAUCGUUUUACCUGCCCUCCCGACAAAUUCCCUUGCAAGUCUUUCGGUUCCUUUGUCUGUCUCCCCACACAGAGGCGAUGCGACGGUGAUAUUGACUGUGACGGCGCUGUAGACGAGAAGAACUGCACUAGACCCAAACCAUCAUGCUCAGAGAACGAGUUUACGUGCAUCGACUUACAUCAGUGCAUACCCGCAGCGCUGGGCUGUGACGGUAAACCGGACUGCGAAGACCGUUCCGACGAAGACUGGGUGGGCUGUGUGAGUGAUACGCCUUGCCCGUUGGGCCAGUUCGCUUGUAGACGAACUUAUGGGGGCUCAGUUACGUGCUUGCCUGCAACGUCCCUUUGUGACGGGCAAACGCAGUGCGUCGACGGCUCCGACGAAGUCGGUUGCGAAGACCGCCUCUGCGAAGCGGGAGAGUACAGCUGCGUGGGAGGGCGCUGCAUUCCACAACAGUGGACGUGCAACGGCAAGCUCGACUGCCGAGACGGAGAGGACGAGGACGCGACGUUAUGCCUCCUGUAUAGGUUGAUGUGCCCUUUGGCGGGUCAGAUUCCCUGCGACUCGCACAACGGUAGCGUUAUCUGCAUCGGCGACGAGCAAAGGUGUAACGGACACGUGGACUGCGGGGACGCCAGCGACGAGAGGCGGGACUGCGCCAAGUGGGCCUCCCGUUGUCGAGGAAACUUCUUCCGCUGCGAUAACGGCAGGUGCGUACUGAAGCAUUGGAGGUGCGACGGCGACGACGACUGCUUCGACGGAAGCGACGAAAGAGACUGUGAUGGUGUCCAGGAACGCUCCCAGAACUGCUCCAUCGGCGAUAUUUCGUGCUUCGCGGGUUUCGGACUGCUUCUCACUCAACUUGUGAUCUCCCGCCACUUAACCGCGGAAGUGGUGACGUUGCACAAGCCAUCACCAGCAUUUGCUGCCGUCGUGGCCGAGAGGGCGGACGAAACCACCACGUGUUCCGAGAAGCAGUUCAGGUGCAUAACUGCUGGGAACUGCCUGCCCGGAAGACGUCAAUGCGACGGAAUGUCUGAUUGCCAAGACGGAUCGGACGAGCAGGACUGCAACUCAAACAGGACGCGUUUCGAUGAAGGAUUCCAUUGCGAAAAUGGCGGUCGGUUCAUCCGGGCAGCUUGGAGGUGCGACGGCCAACAAGACUGCGCAGACGGCUCGGACGAAAGGAACUGUACCAAUUCGCCGAAAUGCCCGGAAACCGAGUUCGCCUGCAGGAACGAUAGCCGCUGCAUUUCGUCGGCUUGGCGAUGCGACGGCCACCCCGACUGCUUUGACAGUUCGGACGAGGAUGGUGCCAUGUGCAACGAACGUUUUACCUGCCCUCCCGACAACUUUCUUUGCAAGUCUCUGGCUUCCUUUGUCUGCAUCCCCACAAAGAAGCGAUGCAACGGUGACAUUGACUGUGACAGCGCUGUAGACGAGAAGAACUGCACUAGACCCAAACCAUCAUGCUCAGAGAACGAGUUUACGUGUGUCGACUUACAUCAGUGCAUACCUGCAGCGCUGAGCUGUGACGGAAAACCGGACUGCGAAGACGGUUCGGACGAAGACUGGGUGGGCUGUGUGAGUGGUACGCCUUGCCCGUCGGGCCAAUUCGCUUGUAGACGCACUUACGGGGGCUCAGUUACGUGCCUGCCUGGGACGUCCGUUUGCGACGGGCAAACGCAUUGCGUGGACGGUUCCGACGAAGUCGGUUGCGAAGACCGCCUCUGCGACGUGGGAGAGUACAGCUGCCCGGGAGGGCGCUGCAUUCCGCAACAGUGGACGUGCAACAACAAAGAGGACUGCCCAAACGGAGCGGACGAAUUCGUGGGAUUGUGCAUCGUGUAUAGGUCCAUUUGCCCUACGGCGGGCCAGUUUCCCUGCCAUUUGCACAACGACAGCUUCAUCUGCAUCGGCGACGAGCAAAGGUGCAACGGGCACGUAGACUGCUCGGACGCCAGGGACGAGAGGCGGGGCUGCGCCAAGUGGGCCUCCCAUUGUCGAGGAAACUUCUUCCGCUGCGAUAACGGCAGGUGCGUACUGAAGCACUGGAGAUGCGACGGCGACGACGACUGUUUCGACGGAAGCGACGAAAGAGACUGUGCCGGUGCCCAAGAACGCUCCGAGAACUGCUCCAUCGCCGGUAUUUCGUGCUUCUCGGGUUCCGGACUGCUUCUCAGUCAACCUUUGGCCACCAAACUGAACUCGAGGCUCACUGACCGAGGGACCAGUGCCGUCAUGCCUGCCAUUCCCGCAACCCUCCUGUCUCUGUCGGUCUUCCUCGGCGCUCUCAACACCGCAGUGACCUACAGCGUUCAGGUUGCUCGAAAAUCGGACCCUUGCUUGACAAACGAGUUCAAGUGCGCAAGCAACGGAAACUGCAUUCGGGCGGCGUGUCUCUGCGAUGGCAUAAACGACUGCGACGACGGCUCCGACGAAAGCGACUGCUCACGAAGCCGCCGGUGUUCGGUGACGGAGUUCCGGUGCCAAGACGGCCAGUGCAUCUCGAGCUGGCAGCGGUGCGACGGCAGGGCCGACUGCGACGACCUCUCGGACGAAAGCGAGACAAUCUGCGGGUCCGGGGCUUGUCAUCCGGAUCACUUCGCGUGCAAGAACCGCACAGGCGCUUGUAUUCCCGCCGAGUGGCGCUGCGACAAAGUUCGCGACUGUGCCGACGGCUCCGAUGAAGAAGACUGCCCGAAUGUGACGUGUUCGAAGGAGACGGAGUUCGCUUGCGGAAACGGCCGAUGCGUCCCGCGGGCUUGGAGAUGCGACGGUGACGAAGACUGCGGCGAUGGGUCGGACGAGGAGAACUGCCCCUUCGCGAAAUGUGCUCGUCGUCAAAGUUCACGUGCCGCAGCGGCGAAUGCAUCCGGAGUUCGCUACGCUGCAAUAACCACCGCGACUGCCAGGACGGGUCGCACGAACAUUUUCGAACGUGUGCCCUGCAAGGGCGUGCCACGACGACGAGCUUGACUUUGGGAUUGCCGCCAACACUUGCGUUUCGAUGAAGUCUCGAUGCGAUGGUCACGAAGACUGCGCCAACGGACCCGACGAAAAGGAGUGCGGAAGUACGACCUGUGUCAGGUACGACGUUUCGUGCGCUAACGACCAUUGCUUCAGGAUUUUGACGCACUGCGACAGUCGGUACGAUUCAUUAUAGGCCCGGUCUUGUAGCUAAGAAAGACAAUCACUUCCUCCUGGGAGCUGAACUUCCAAGAGGAAGUUUUCCUGAACUUUCGUUGCGAUAGCCUCGUGAACGGCAUUGCAUUGUUUUUUGAAGAAAUAUUGCACAGACUGCCAGGCCCAGGUCAUUCAGCAGGCUGAAUAGGCCGCCAGAGCCCUUGGGGCCACGGGUCACCUAGGUGCGGUGCAUGACUCCUUCGCUUGAUUC